GUCUACCUUUGAUUAUCGUGUUCGAAAUUGUUGACGUGUUUUAAAUUUAUCUAUCUAUUCUCUCUGCUAGUCCGCUAGGGAAGCGAUUAUUGCAACAUGACAGAAGUCAACAGCACGAUAGAUACAUCCACUACCAACAACGCUAUCGAAAAAAAAAAUAGCAUAACUGGAAAGGUAGAAGAACUGAUAAAUGAAGAGGAUGAAAUUACUCUAGAAGAUUUGGCGCCAGACGGUGGCUGGGGAUGGAUGAUUGCACUAGCCAUGAUAUUAAUUAUGUUCACUACAACAGGCCCAAUGUCAUCAUUUGCUAUAAUCUUUGGUGAUUUCCUUGAAGAUUCCGGACAGGCGGGCAUGGCAUCGAGCCUCUUUAAUUCCGUCUUUAUGGUCACUUAUUCUAUUGCCAGCUUGCUCACCAAUACAUUGUUGAAGAGAUAUUCUACAAGAUCGGUCGGAAUUGUAGGUGUACUCUUCUUUGCGUUACCUAAUAUCGUCAUAGCCUUCGUCAGAAACAUAUACGAGAUGGCUUUUAUCUGUUUUAUUGAAGGUUUUGGAUUGGGCCUAAUUUUUACAGUUACCAACACAGUUUUCAACUCGUACUUUGUAAAGAAAAGAGCAAAAGUAAUGUACGCGUCGCAAGUCAUUAUUGCGUUGGGCGGAAUUAUUUAUCCUACAUUAAGUGAAAAGAUGCUAUCAAUCUACGGUUUUCGCGGUACUGCGGCAAUAAUAGGCGCUCUAAGCCUUAAUGGCGUCGUUGGAAUGAUAAUGAUGCAUCCCGUGGAAUGGCAUGCCAAGAAGCUGGAAGAUGUUCGUGCGGAAAAAGCGCGCGAAAAGGAACAAAACAUUUCUCAGGAAUUGGCACUGUCGAAUCGUCGUUCAACUAUUGACGUGGUCCACUUAUCUUUUAAGACUAAAUGGAACAGUCUUUGUAAUCUCACGGAAGAAAGAGGCUCAGAAAUGCCAUUGCUAAUUGAAACUGUUAAGGCUUCUGCGCAAAGAGUUGCAUCAGUCUCAGCAAUUGAGAGUCGCGAAAGAGCAAAAUCAGGAUCUAUAUGGGAAAGUUCAUCGAGGCGUACAUCGACUAUCUCAGCUUCUAGCUUAGUUAAUUUGGCGACUCGCACGACUUGUAUAUUGAGCGAUAUACGACAACUUCAUCUGGAAAAGAAGACCAGUGAAAGACAGACAGAUAAAGAAAAUCAGGGGAAAGAAGAGAAACAAAAUAGAGAAAUCAACGAAAAAAAAGAAAAACAAAAUGAAGUUCAGGAAGAGGAGGAGAAACAAGAUAAAGAAAUCCAAGAGAAAGAAGAGAAGCAAGAUACUGAACAAAAAAUGUUAAAGUAUAAAACCAUUUUGAGAGAACUUGUGGAUAUGUCCUUGGUGAAGAACGUCUAUUUCAUAAAUUUAUGCUUUGGCGUCAAUUUCGUGUGCUCUUCCGACAUUGGUUUUAUUUAUCUUCUUCCAAUUAUAAUAACCGAUGCAGGACACUCAAGACUACGCCGAAAAGCCUAUGCCGCAUUGAGUGUCACAAUUAGUGGAAUAGGUGAGCUGGCGUCAAAAAUUUUAUUGUCAGUUUUUACACUGAUGAUAAACAUAAAAUCGAAGUAUAUAUUCUUUGUCGCCACAAUCUUGAUGGGAUUCGCAAGAAUAGGUUUUUUGCUGUAUGAGCAUACACUUGAAGGCGCGUUAAUUACGAUAGCAUUAAUCGGCGUCGUACGAUCGUGGCUGCUAGUUUCGCAACCUUUAGUUAUCAUAGAAGAUCUCAACAUAGAAAAAUUUGCCUCGGCUUACGGGAUCAAUUCUGUUAUCAGCAGUUUAAUUACGACAAUUUUUGGUGCCAUCGUAGGAAUUAUUAAGGAUUGGACUGGUAGCUACAAAAUGUAUCAAAUUUCUCUACUAGUAACGAAUAGUGUAUUUAUUUUACCUUGGAUAUUGCAAUUCAUUUUCGUAGACUUCAGAAAAUGGCGGAAGCAAUGCACGCAGAAGGCUAACACCAUGAGCCAUCAGUGGGAAUGAAGAAAU